ACCGGGCAGCAGGCACCAUGGAGCCCCCCUCGGCCCCUCCCCGAGGAGGACGCGUCCCCUGGCAGGAGCUCCUGCUGGCAGUCUCACUCCUAACCUUCUGGACCCCGCCCACCACUGCCCGAGUCACUGUGGACUCGGUGCCGCCCAGUGUUGCUGAAGGGAAGGACGUUCUUCUGCGAGUCAACAAUGUGACUGGGGCUCCUAUAGGCUAUGGCUGGUUCCGAGGGAAAACUAUAGAGUCGAGCCAUCAAAUCGUAUCAUAUGCAGUAGAUAAACAACUAACUGCCACAGGGCCUGCGCACAGCGGCAGAGAGA